GUCAUAAAGCCGCGCGGCGCUCCCGCGUCUGUGUUUCAGCUGAAGGAAGUGUAUAAACACAGAAACACUCCCGCUAUAGCGACUGAGGUCCACAUGACACUGUUAUAAAGAUGGUGUUUAUUAAAGAAGAGAGUGAAGACACGAAGAUUGAAGAAACAUUCAGCGUCAAACAUGAAGAUACUGAGGAACAAACAAAGAUGGUGUUUAUUAAAGAGGAAAGUGAAGACAUGAAGAUUGAAGAAACGUUCAGCGUCAAACACAAAGAUACUGAGGAACAAACAAAGAUGGAGAUUAUUAAAGAGGAGAGUGAAGACAUGAAGACUGAAGUCAAAUAUAAAGAUACUGCGGACCAAACAGGCCUGAUGCCACAGAAAGUGGAGAGCCAAGAACUGAAUGCAAUGGAAAACAAUGUUCAGCAUGAGGAGAAACAUGAUUUCAUAACUAGAGACAAGCUUUACACGUGCCCUCAGUGUGGGGAGAGUUUCAUUAAAAAAACGGGCCUUAAAACACACAUUAGAAGUCACAUUGGAGAGAAAUCUUUCACCUGCGAACUGUGUGGAAAGAGUUUUGGUAGAAAAGGACACCUUAAUCAACACAUUAGUACCCACACGGGGGAAAAGCCUUACACCUGCCAACAGUGUAAAAAGUGUUUUAAUUCAAAAGGAAAUCUUAAAAAACAUAUGAAAAUUCACACUGGAGAAAAGCCUUACAACUGCGAACUGUGUAAAAAAUGUUUCAAUAAUAAAUCCAACCUUAAAAAGCACACUAGAAGUCACAGUAAAGAAAAACCUUACACCUGCGAACUGUGUGGAAAUAGUUUCACUGAGAAUGGAAGUCUUAAAAAGCACAUCAUGAGAAUCCACACUGUAAAGUCUUUCACAUGCCCUCAGUGUGGAACUGUUUUCAAAAGUAUAAUAUCCUUUAAUAACCACAUGAAGACUCACUCAAGAUCACAGUUAUAUAUGGCAUUAGCGUGGAAGGAGUUUCUCGGACAGGACAAAAUGUGAGAAUCAUGUAAUAAAUCGCAUCAAAGGAAGCCUUUCAUUUGCCAACAGAGAAAAGUGUUUCAGAUCAUAUAUCUAUAUAUUUACAGUCACACUGGAAAGGAGACGUGCACUUGUCUUUAAGCAACAAUUAACCAAAGAAUAAAAACUUUCAACAUUUACUAACCCUCAA